GGAGGUGGACGAGGUGGAGGAGGAGGUGGUGGACGAGGUGGUGGACGAGGUGGUGCCGCUACUUGCCGUGGCGUUGACGCGCGACCACAAGCCGGAGGAUCCAGUGGAGAGGGAACGCAUCGAGAGGCUGGGCGGGCGGGUGAUGAGGAAGCCAGGGGGGCCUUGCCGUGUGGCCUGGAGGAGGCCCCUUGUGGCUCACUGCGGCCCUGGGCAGCAAAGCUCAGCCACGGAGGACAUCCCCUUCCUGGCCGUGUCACGCUCCCUCGGGGACCUCUGGAGCUACGACUUUGCGAGCGCCCAGUUUGUGGUCUCCCCCGAGCCGGACGUCAGCGCCUACAGGCUGGACCCAGGGCACCACCGCUACCUGGUGCUGGCCACCGACGGAGUCUGGGAUGUCCUCACGCCCACAGAGGCCGUGGCGCUCUGUCAUCGGGCGGACGCACAGCAGCAGCAGCGAGCGCUGGUGGCGGAGGCGCUGUCCCGCUGGCACCGGCUCGGCACCAAGGCCGACAACGUGAGCGCCGUGGUGGCGCGGCUGUGCCCGUCGGCGGCGUCGCCGGCGCCCCGGCUCGGUGCCGACGGCGCCGCCGGCGCCGAGCUCGUUGCCGGCGGAGGAGGAAUGGUCGCUGGUGGUGGUGGUGGUGGCGCUGUCCGUGCGUCAGCCCUGGCCAGGAGUGGAACCGAGGUUCUACGAGGGCCGGGCACCGAGGAGCUACCCAGCAACAACAGCAGCAGCAGCAACAACAACAGCAGCAGCAGCGGCAACAGCAGCAGUGGGAAGUUCACUCCACUGCUGGCUGACCUGGGCUGCAGCCAGGAGGAGAUUCCCAGCAAGCGCAGCCGCAGGAGCGGCCCUCACGAGGGCACCGCCUCAGACUAGCACCUCAGACUAGCGCCUCAGACUAGUACCUCAGACUAGCGCCUCAGACUAGCACCUCAGACUAGCACCUCAGACUAGCACCUCAGACUGGCGCCUCAGACUAGCACCUCAGACUGGCGCCUCAGACUAGCGCCUCAGACUAGCGCCUCAGACUAGUGCCUCAGACUAGUGCCUCAGACUAGCGCCUCAGACUGGUGCCUCAGACUAGCACCUCAGACUAGCGCCUCAGACUAGCGCCUCAGACUGGCGCCUCAGACUAGCGCCUCAGACUAGCGCCUCAGACUGGCGCCUCAGACUAGCGCCUCAGACUAGCGCCUCAGACUAGCGGGGACCCUGGUAGAGGGACCCCGGUAGAG